GCUUUUAAAGUCACCUGCCAUUUCACACGCGAUAGGCGGGCCGUUGCAUCCCCGACGCAGCGAAGCAACUCUUCGACUACCCUACUCAUCGGUGAAUCGGCUCUUGCAUCGUCGCAGCGGUUGAGCUAAGGACAAACGCGGCAGCGUUUCUCAGCUGCAUCUGCCCGCGCGCGCGACGAUCGCAACCGCGUUAAAGCAUCAGAGCAGUGCAUCAAGGCUGUAAGCAUCGCUUGAGCCGCUAAAAUCCACCGAAACGCUAUAUACACCGAAACCGAAAUGGCGGACGCCGACAGCCCGAGCCGCAGCAAUAGAAUGAAGAGCGCGCCGAGCCACCUCUCCGAUUUUACCUGCAGCGAGACGACGGGAAGCAACGACACGUCGCCGUCGGAGCCCAAACCCAAGCGCGCGCGGCCGGAUACCAGUGGAGACGCGGCCCUCGCGCGGCGCCUGGCGCGGGAGGGCGCGCGGCCGCGGAAGCCCGUGACCUCGUUCGCGACGCUCGUGGACAACGGCCGGAGCUACAUUGGUGAAGACGACGAGGACGACGAUGAUGUAGAGCCGGCGCCGCCACCAGCACCCGUGGAAGAGGCGCACCCGUUGCUGCCCUGGCCCGGGCCGCUGGGCGAUGAUAGAAGAGCGGCUCAGGCUCCGAAGAAACCGGUGAACGCCGGCGCCGCGUCACUAGGAAGGGCAGCUAGAGCCGCGCGCGACGCUCUGUCCAAGGGCGCGGCCGAGUUCCUGCUGGAUGCGACGCGCGUCCAGAGCGCCAAGGACCAAUUUCGGAGUCUGGAGAAGGCAUCACAAGCUUAUCUGGAGGCCGACGAGCCGGAACUGAAACAUUGUAGAAGUGUAGAAAAGGCCCUGGAGCGUUUGCACGAGACCUGGGGCGGCUGCGACCCCGACGACCAGUUGCGGAGUCUCGCUGCACGAAGUGCCGUGAAGCGCGGAGAUGAUCGAGGGUUCCUGGAUAGGUGCAAAGUAAGACGGUGUGCCCACCUGCCCGGACAGUAUGAAGUGAUAGCAACCCAGUUAAUACAGCGGGGCGAGUCCAUGCCCUACCCUGGUACGAUCGUCCUGAACGACCAGCAAGCAUCUUCACUUUUACAGGGAGGACGGCCCUUCGAUAAUCGGCGGUGGCGGACGUACACGUACGCGUUCAAAGAAAGUAGUGUGGAGCUGUGGCCCCACAUCGAUCCUACCAAAGGCCCGCCGACGCCCUUCGUGAACGACGCGAUCGGGCCCGAUAGGGACAACUGGUUCGAGCACCGGCUGAAGCGGAACGUCGAGUACGUCGAGAUAAGGGACGGCCCGCCGUCGUCGUGGCGCAUCCGCAUGAAGGCCACGCGUCGUAUAGUGCCCGGCGAGGUCAUCCUGGCCGAUUACGGCGACGCGUACUGGUCGGCUUGGACCGAGGCGAAUUCGCAUUCUUAUGUUAUUUUCAGGGAGGCCGUGCGGCGGAUUUUUGGGAUCCAUUGCCGGGGCUCUAGAUGUCGGUCAGCUUUAUGGUGCGACGCGGCGUUUCGGUUGGCGCGUCACGGAAAGCUGUCGACGCCCCACUACUUCGAUGGGCGGCGGACGUUCUGGAGGGAAGCUGCCGUCGACUGGCGCUCGUUAAUGGGUUCGAGUGUCGCGCUACCUCUCGGUUUAGGUUAUGAGGCCUCGUCGGGUAUCUGUACUUCGCUGAUCGUGCAUGCGCCUUAUCGAGACGAAGCGCUCGAGAAAGUCCGAAACUCAUUAGUGGGAGGGAAGAAGCUCACGGCGCGGCGACGGCGGGACACGAACGAUAUUGUGUUGGAGGCGGCCUGGCCCGACGACGGCUUACCCUAUAAAGUGGCGGAGACGCGUCCGCGGAAGGACGGGAGGGUCGACGUGGUCUUCGCGGACGGCGCGCCGGCGACGGUCGACCGCGUCGUGCCACGCUUAACACCGGACCAGUGGCGGGCCCUACCGCGGUUGCCGGACGGCGCCUGGUGCCGGCCGCUGGCCUGGGAGCCCAAAUCCCACUGGGGAUUAGUAGUGGGCGCCUCGUUGACGGAUGGCCUCUACACGUACGACGUGCUCAUGGACGGCGAGACGAAGUCGGUAAGGGUGCCCGACGGCGCGCUCGAGCCUAUUUUACUCGUACGGGGCUCGGACGGCGGCACGGAGCGGCCGCCCGAAACUGCGACGUGGCAGCGCGCCUACGCGCCGCACUGGCUCGUGAGCGACGAGUAGUUUUCGUCUUCUUGCUUGGGUAUAUUUAACAGCUAAUUUAUACU